AUGAAUACCGAUACGCCCACCGAGGAGCUCCAGAAGGAGCAGCCACCGGUUGAUGCUCCGGUGAUUUCACAACCGCCAUCAACAACAAUCAACCCUCCAGAAAAGCCACAGACGGGAACUGUAGAACCCCCCUUCAGCAUCUUCGACCGGCGACAAAAAUGGCUCAUCGUGACCAUCGUUUCUACUGCGGCAACAUUCUCCGGCUUCGCAUCAAACAUUUACUUCCCAGCACUCCCCACCAUCGCCUCCGACCUGAAUGUAUCUUUAGAGCUCGUCGACCUGACCGUCACCUCGUACCUGAUCUUCCAAGGCCUCGCUCCAAGUCUGUGGGGACCCGUCUCGGAUGUAAAAGGACGCCGAAUCGCAUACCUACUCACCUUUUUGGUCUUCAUGGGGGCAUGUAUCGGUCUAGCAGAGACUAAGAAUUACGCUACCCUCGUCGUUCUCCGAUGCCUUCAGAGUACCGGUAGCGCAAGCACGAUUGCUAUCGGCUCCGGCGUAAUUGGGGAUAUCACCACGCGAGCCGAGCGUGGUGGGUUCAUGGGUAUCUUUCAAGCUGGGCUUCUAGUCCCAGUGGCCGUGGGCCCUGUUAUUGGAGGUGCCGUGGCCGGUACCCUGGGGUGGCGAGCUAUCUUUUGGGUAUUGACUGCUUAUAGCGGGGCCUUCCUGAUCACGAUGCUCGUUCUGUUACCUGAGACACUGCGAUCGUUGGUCGCGAAUGGAACCCGAGUGCCUUCCGCGUCGAAUAUCAUGGCGAAAUAUCCAUUGACUGUGUAUCAAAAGCUCACUAAGGUUGAGUGGGACCCGAAAGAUACGCCACCGCAAGCUCCCAGAAAACAUAUCGAUUUGACGGGACCCUUUCGCAUUCUUGUGAGCAAGCAUGCAGCGCCUAUUAUCAUGUUCCUUGCCAUAUACUAUGCAGUGUGGCAAAUGAGUAUCACAGCAAUGUCUUCUCUGUUCAAACAAAACUACGGACUCAGUGAGAUCCAAAUCGGCCUGACGUUCAUCGCUAAUGGUGUUGGGUCCAUGGUGGGAACCUUGAUCACCGGCAAAAUCCUUGACCUCGACUACCGCAAGGUCAAGACUAAAUUCGAGGCACAACCGGAUCCGGAGGGUAAUAGCACCGCUUUGGAAGAGAAAGACUUCCCACUGGAAAAGGCGCGUCUCCGACUAGUCCCGAUCUUUGCAUGCUUUCAGUGCUUGUCUCUCAUCCUCUUUGGUUGGACUAUCCAGUACACAGUCCACAUCGCGGUUCCCAUCAUCUCGACUUUUAUUACUGGUUGGACUGUCGUCUCUAUGCAGUCGGUUAUCAUGACCUAUCUUGUGGAUAUCUUCCAUGAAAGAAGCGCAGCCGCUAGUGCUAGCAUCAACUUGGCUCGAUGCUUGUUCGCUGCCGGCGGUACUAGCUUUGUCAUGCCUCUGAUCAAUGCCGUUGGAGCGGGUGUCACUUUUACUAUCUGUGCAGCUGUGCAGUUUUUGGCCUUGGUCGGUCCGCUUAUUCAGUGGAGAUUCGCUGCAUCGUGGCGGAGAGCAGCCGAGGAAGCGAAGGAGCAGAAUCAAGCUCAAUAUUAG